AUGAAACCUCCACGAUCCGCUCAGGGCAACACGCUUCAGGCAGGAAAUCAUCAACAAACCUCCAAAACUCCAUCAGACCCUGCACACAACUCGAGGGACCCAUGGCGGCCAUAUCAAGGUCGCUGGAAAACGAACAAGACUUCUGGUAAUGCGAGCAAGGUCGUCGCCAACACACCUCAGAACACCAUGCCAGUUGAAUCGCCGCGAAGUCGUUGGCGCCGCAAUUUUGAAUCGAACGAUAGGAAGUUCAACCCAGAGACGCCAUCGUACAUUCCACUUCCUUCAGGCUCUCCAGCAGUUGCAGUUCCGAUUAUGCCUCACCCAUCGUCACACCCCUUCGUCCCUCCACAACCUCACUCCCAACCGGGAACGAAUCUCAAUCCGUUCCCCGUGUUCCCGUUGCUGCCAGGCACCACGGACCCGUUCAAUAAUACUCCCAUGCCCCCGAUGUUCUUUCCGCAGACCAUGCAGAAUCUGCAGCCCUCACAAUUGCGACCUCCUUCCGAUCAGACCCCGUUCAAUCCCCUAGUCUUUCCUCCGGUGCCGAAUCUGGACAGCCCAGCGAAUUUUAUGCCUCUCAUGUUCCCUGUGACGAAUAUGGGAGCUGCGAGCCCGGCGUUGGUGAAUCCCAUCUUCAACAGCGUUCCGUUCUUUCCCUUUGAUCCGAUGAUCUCGGCACCAGCUGGCUCUGCUGUAGAGAAUCCCUCGAAUCCCAACGCCCGGGGCUCCUCCCCCAUCCAUUCACGGGCCAGGUUCUCCAAAAGUCCGGAGCCGCCUGCGCCGAUCAAAAGAUACCUGACGCAAUCGUCCCUGCCGCCUAAACAAUCCCCUACCCGCCAACCUCUACUUGUCAUUCUCGAUCUAAAUGGCACUCUAAUCUAUCGGAAGCAUCGACGGCUGCCUCCCUCAUUCGCCAAGAGGGCGGGUUUGGAUCAAUUCCUAGAGGCGUUGUUGCAGAAUUACAAGGUCAUGAUUUGGUCGAGCUCACAACCAGAGACUGUUGGUGCAAUCUGUGAGAAGCUGUUUCCUGGCGAGAAGAGAAAGUCGUUGGUGGCGGAAUGGGGACGGGAUAAACUAAAUCUCUCCAAGGCCCAGUACAAAUCAAAGGUGCAGGUCUACAAGACACUCAAUACAGUCUGGAACGAUCCGGCGGUCCAAGCCUCGCAUCCCAAUUCAAAGCAGAAAGGUCGCCCCAAACCCAAGAAUAACUCCGUCAAUCCAGCCAGAAGAUGGGACCAAACCAAUACUGUGCUCAUCGACGACAGCAAACUCAAAGCCCUCAGCGAACCAUACAACAUUCUCGAAAUCCCCGAGUUCACCAACGCCUCCUGCAACGACGAGUCACUCAUCUUCCCCAAGGUCCUGGAACGGCUCGAGGCGCUGGCCCACCACGACGACGUCAGCAAGCUACUCCAGCUCUGGAACUCCAGGCUCACGGGGAGCGAGACAAUCCUCGACCUGGACAUUGGCACCGAUCAACUCCCACACCCACAAGAAGAAGCACAAUCGCAGCCGGUCGGUCCUCCGGCUCCUUCAACCCCGCAGGAGAUAGCCCAGGCGCGCAAGGAGAGACGCAAACUCCGCAAACAGGAGCGGAAGGUUGCCCGGAGAGCCGCCACGGCUGCUACUACUGCUACUACUGCUGCUAGUGCUACAAAGGCUGCUGUUGCGCUCGUUACUAUUCUUACUUCACCCGCUGCUGUUUCUGCCCUCUCCGCGCCAACUAAGGCAGCCGAGCCCAUCGACGACACACCUAGUUCGACAGACGGCCCAGCCAGUCUCGACGGGAACUCUCCGGCAGGUGUGCCGCUGCCGCCGCAGCGGCCCGCGCGGUCCCCGUCGCCUGCGUCCUCGGUACAAUCGGAGAAUUACCUUCUCGAUCGCCUAGAGGAAUCUUUGGAUGUACGCCAUUAG